CUGUCCACCCUGGAGAACAUAUUUACCGCUAAUACUGUGUUUGAGGAGUACUUUUCGGGGGAGGAUAUGCCUCGCCCUGGGUUUUCUGUGGUGGAAAUGUGUUUGCCAUUUCAUUGUGAUUGUUCACACUACUUGUUUGGACUCUUGCUGUGUUGUAUGCAUUCAAAACAUCACACCAGUCACUCUUUACUGAUUGAUUGUGGAGGGAGCUUUCUCGUGUCGAAGUUCGUCGCAUAUAUCGAGAACAGGAUCCCCAAUCCAACAACAUCCUCCGGCCUUGGAUCCAAAGGGUUGCUGGAAGAGCUCUUGUCCCGACUUCAUGUGAUCCGCGUUUUCACGCAUCGGGAGUUGACUUUGGCACUUUAUGCAAGCAGAGAUGUUCUGAGCCGCCGUCCGAUUUCUUUCAUUUUUUUCAACAACAUUAAUGCCUUUGGCGACUUGGAGAAUCUCACAGCCCAUCCAAAGAAAAAAGCAACUGCGGAACAAAUCUUGUGGUGUGGCAUGUUGCAACGCCUGCUACGUGAUUUCAAUUUGUUAUGUAUCUCUAUCCGACGUUGUGUUCCGCGCUUGAACUGCCGCCAACAAUCCAAAGGCUGUGAUUCCGUCCAAUCGAAUUUUCCUGUCUCUGCAUCUUUUCCCUUCUAUCAGGAGUCCAUGUCAUCCAACUGGGUUAACUGUUUGACACAUCGAAUCGAAAUAAUUUCCUGUCAGUCACAGUAUGUUUCCUAUGUAAAACGCGACUCUACAUUUCAGGUGGCUAUAGAUAAGCGCUAG